AUGCCAGUCUGGAUGCCACGAUGGGAGCGGCAACCCGAGCUGCGCCCCGAACGUGACACUCAGGUUGGAAUUUCCCUGCAGCUCAACAGUUAUUAUUACAGAGGCACCAAUUAUCUAAGUCAACUCAAAAACGAAGUUGCCACCAGCGCUGCUGUGGUCCUCAUGGGGUCAGGUGAAGUGUCUUGGUACUUCUACAAUGCCUUCUCAAAUGUGUGGGGAAAUGACGCAAAAGGCGUAAAAGGUCUAGAACGUGCCUUCAAGAACCAGAUCGAACGACACCCUAAGUACGAAAUAUGGGUGACCGUCCAUCGCUCGGAGGUGCCAUGGCGUCUCUGGCAGCGUAUCACAUCGCCAAAACUUAUAACAAGAUAUCUGAGCGGAUAA